CAAAUGGGAAAUAAAAACAAUGUGACAGAAUUCAUCCUUUUGGGUCUCACAGAGAACCCAGAGCUGCGGAGACUCUUUUCUGCUGUGUUUCUGAUCAUGUAUGUGAUCGUCGUGUUGGGAAAUUUACUCAUUGUGGGAACCAUGACCACAAGUCCGAGUCUGAGAUCGCCUCUGUACUUUUUUCUCACCUUUCUGUCCCUUUUGGAUGUCACCUCCUCCUCUGUCAUUGCCCCCAAGCUGAUUGUGGACUCCCUCUCUGAGCGCACCACCAUCUCCUUUGAAGGCUGCAUGAGCCAGCUCUUUGCAGAGCACUUCUUUGGAGGGGUGGCCAUCCUCAUCCUUGUUGUGAUGGCCUAUGACCGCUACGUGGCCAUCUGCAAGCCCCUGCACUACGUGAGCAUUAUGCGGCCUCGGCUGUGUUGCUUGCUGUUGGGGGCAGCUUGGGUAGGGGGAUUCCUGCAUGCAACAAUUCAGCUUCUCUUCAUGUAUCAAAUACCCUUCUGCGGUCCCAAUGUCAUUGAUCACUUUAUAUGUGACUUGUUUCAGCUGCUGGCACUGGCCUGCACAGACACCCACACCCUGGGCCUCCUGGUCAUCCUCAACAGUGGUGUGAUGUGCGUGGCCAUCUUCCUUAUCCUCAUCACGUCCUACGUGGUCAUCCUACAUUCUCUGAAGUCCCACAGCCUCGAAGGGAGGCGCAAAGCCAUCUCCACCUGUGGCUCCCACCUCACGGUGAUCAUGCUGUUCUUCGUGCCUUGCAUUUUCUUGUAUGUGAGGCCCGUGGCUACUUACCCCAUUGACAAGGCCAUGGCUGUGUCGGAGUCCAUCAUCACACCCAUGCUGAAUCCCCUGAUCUACACACUGAGAAAUGCAGAGGUGAAGAGCGCCAUGAAGAAACUGUGGAUGAAACAAGAGACUUAG